AAGCAAACCAGAACAAAACGUUAUUCAAUGUGUCAUAUUCCACAAAUAGUGCAACGGGACAUAUAUCUACCUGAAGGCUCAUUUGUGGGGAGGAAGAGUCAGGCUAAUUGCUCGGAGCAGUGAUUUUUGAUGAGUAUCAUCGUUACUUAUAAGAUAACAGCAAAUACGGGCGGUGCUUCCAGGAAAGUGCACGACAAAGCUUGGUUGAAAUUACAGGUUGAACUUCGCUAUAAUGAAAUAAUCUACUAAAUUGGCACAUUUUUAACAACAUAUGAAAACGAUUAAUGGUGAUGUACCUUUAAGCAAGGACAUGUUUAUUGGCAAUAUACUGACUUAUCAGAGAUAUAUUUCAAUUAUUAACUAAAUAUUGCAUUGCAAAACCAUGGCGAUGGCACCAGAGCCCCAACCACCUUCUACUGGUAAAAAAAAGAGCAAGCAUCGUAAAAAUUCAAGUGGUGGUCAACCUCCAAUGACAAAUAACAUGGCAUCCCCAGGAAGCAGACAGUUGGAAUUUACACAAGCAAUGAAAGACUUCAAGACCAUGUUCCCUAAGAUGGAGAAUGAUGUGAUUGAAGCAGUACUUAGAGCUAAUAAUGGUGCUGUGGAUGCCACUAUUGAUCAGUUAUUAGCUAUGAAUGUAGAUAUGUCAGAAGAAGAAAUGCGGCAAGCUACUUUAGGACAAGAUGAACCAUUACCACCACAGGUAUUUGAACCUACUUCAGAUGAUGAUGAGCCACCGCCAGCAUACACACCCCAUGCACAGCACAGUACCCCAUCUACUUACCCUGGUGUAUCUCCUCCAUCAUCAAAAUUCAUUCUAACACUCCCCACACCUGAGCCUGUCUCUCCAUCACCAAAACUUCUAUUCAAUGCAAAUAAGUAUCGGAACUGGAACCCACCUUUACUUGGAGCAUUGCCAGAUGAUUUCCUGAGAAUAGGACCCUCAGUAGCACCUGGAACGCAGCAACCACAUCCAAUGGUCACAGUACAAUUGCAGAAACAGUUGGAACAGAACAGACAACAGCGCAGUGAGGUAGACAAUGAUGAUGUGGAAUUAAAACAAAUGUUGGAAGAUGAGCAGUUAGCAAUAAUGCUGCAAAAUGAAGAGUUUUUAUCAGAUUUACAACGCCACCCAGAAUUCAUUGCUUCUUUGGAAAGAGAUCAGAGAGCAGCAACAAAUGGCAGUGUGUCUUCUCAAACAAAUCAGUUCAAUACUUGUGCUUUUGGUGGCAGUCCAGAUAUGGCAGGUGCUUAUGGUAACUCUGAAGACCCAGCAUUCAAAGAUAAAUUGUUACACAUGGGAAAAUCUACUAAAAAGAAAUUUGCUCAGUUGGCAAAGAGGUUUCAGAGGAAAAAGAAAAGAAGUGCAAAGGCUUCGUAUCCUUUUGAUGAUGGUUUCAUCAUAUACCCAAUGUACACCAGUCAGAUUUAUCAGACAAAAUACUGA